GUCCUCAGUAUUUAACGUCUCUGUGUUCUACCGGCCCGGGCGAGCACGUGGGGGAGCCACCGGAGCGGCGCGCGGCGGGGCCGGGCGGCCGGGGUGGGGGGCGGCGGGCGGCGGCGCCGCCAGGGCUCUGCAUCCCGACGCUCGCCGCGGAGCGGUGUAGCUGCGUCCAGCCUCCAGGAUGGCCAUCCAGCUCCGCGCCCUCUUCCCCUUGGCAGUGCCUGGCAUGCUGGCACUCCUCGGCUGGUGGUGGUUCUUCUCUCGAAAGAAAGAGCACAGCAGCACCCCCGCCGUACCAGAGGAGGUGGGUGCCACGCCUGCACCCGAGGAGGAGACGUUCCCAGGCGGGGACCCGGGCCCUCGACUGGCGUCCACACCCCUGAGAGUUAGUCUGCCGCCCGAGAAGGAGCUGUCCCCGGCGGGCAAGCCAGUGGUGGAGCCCCCCGCCCUGUUGCGGGCACAGCCGGUCUGCCGCCGGUCGGAGUCCUCGGGCAGCCUUCCCAGCACCACCGACCCGCGACUCCGCCCCGGGAUCCGGAAGGACGACGGCGCGCAGGUGGGGCUGGCCCCAACGGGGGACGAAGCCAAGUCAGUUCCUCGGGAGUGUCACCUUCCAGCCUCCAGGGCGGUCCCGUUCCCCCAUGAAGCCGCGGAGAUGUGCAAGCGGGAGUCCCUGCUGAGCAGGACUUCGGGGCAGGGCCGGCAAAGCCAGGCCGGGGCCCAGGCGGAGAAGCACGGCGCCGGGGAGAAGGGGCGCGAGAGGGCCGAGGGCACGGGCGACGCGGCCGCCGCGCCGGGAGAGAGCGUGCUGGAAGAAGGGCUGUUGAGUCAGGAGUUUGGCCCCGAGUUGCAGAGCAGCAGGGGCCCCGGCCCCGCCCCCUCGGGAGGCGGGGGCGAGCGGGGGCCGAGCGGCCGACCGUCGGGGAAGGCCGGAGGGAAGGCAUGUGCCCACCCCGCCGAGCUGGGGAAGGAGGAAGAGGUGGCGCGCACAGAGCCGGGCCAGGCGGAGAGCCCCGAGCCGCCCGGCAGAGGUGGCAGGACCCGGGACAGAGAUGCGCCGGCCGGGAAGCCGGGCCCCGAGAAGGCCUUGGAUCAGGACGAGGCCAUCGAACAGGCGGCUUUCCAGUUAAUUUCCAAAGUGAUCUUGGGAGCGACGGAAGAAGUGCUGGCCACGACCGUGGGUAAGAUCGCAGGCUGCCUGGGCCAGGCCCCUGCCAGCCAGUGUCCAGGGCAGGAGGAGAGAGGUGCUCCCGGGGGCCAGCAGAGAGCCCCGCCCACACCAGCCCCGGCGGCAGAGGACGCGCCACUUCCAAAGACCUACGUGAGCUGCCUGACCAGCCCUCUGUGCAGCCCCACCAAGGACAAGAAGCCAAAGACCUCCGCGCACCACCUCUCCCUGACACCCGCCUGCCCGCCCCCGGCCACCCCUCCGGGAGAGCUGCUCGGCGGGGCCGGCGUCCCGGUGGAAGAUCCGGGCUGUGUUCCUUGCUCUUCCGACAGCAGCCAGGCUGUCCCCUCCGUGGCCUCCAGGCAGUCCUCAGAUUCUGCCAGCACUUUGGGGCAGGAAGACUCUGGUCCAGAAACCAGCUCCAGCCCCCGGGACAAGGCCAGCACGCCACCGCUGCCCGAGAGUACUGUGCCCUUCAGCAACGGGGUGCUGAAGGGCCUGUCGGACCUGGGGGCUGAGGACGGAUGGCCCCCGGACGCCGAGGCGGAUCACUCGGGAGGCUCGGACGGGAACAGCAUGGAUUCCGUGGACGGCUGCUGUGGCCCCAGGAAGACCGAUGAUUUCCAGAGUGCCCAGACAGGCUCCAGCCCACAGAAGGUCGACCUCAUCAUCUGGGAGAUUGAGGUGCCGAAGCACCUCGUCGGGCGACUCAUUGGCAAGCAGGGCCGCUAUGUGAGUUUUCUGAAGCAAACAUCUGGUGCCAAGAUCUACAUCUCAACCCUGCCGUACACCCAGAACGUCCAGAUCUGCCACAUAGAAGGCUCUCAGCAUCACGUGGACAAAGCACUGAACUUGAUUGGGAAGAAGUUUAAGGAACUGAACCUCACCAAUAUCUAUGCCCCGCCACUGCCUUCACUGCCCCUGCCUUCUCUGCCGAUGACCUCCUGGCUCAUGCUUCCUGACGGCAUCACGGUGGAGGUGAUCGUGGUCAGCCAGGUCAACGCCGGGCACCUGUUCGUGCAGCAGCACACGCACCCGACCUUCCAUGCGCUGCGCAGCCUGGACCAGCAGAUGUUCCUCUGCUACUCCCAGCCCGGCAUCCCCACCCUGCCCACCCCCGUGGAAAUAACGGUCAUCUGCGCGGCUCCUGGCGUGGACGGAGCCUGGUGGCGAGCCCAGGUGGUGGCCUCCUAUGAGGAUACUGACGAGGUCGAGAUCCGCUACGUGGACUACGGCGGCUACAAGAGAGUGAAGGUCGACGUGCUCCGGCAGAUCCGGUCUGACUUUGUGACCCUGCCGUUCCAGGGAGCAGAGGUUCUUCUGGACAGCGUGAUGCCGCUGUCAGAUGACGACCACUUUUCACCGGAAGCUGAUGCAGCGAUGAGUGAGAUGACGGGAAACACAGCACUGCUGGCUCAGGUGACAAAUUACAGUGCGACUGGUCUUCCUCUAAUUCAGCUAUGGAGUGUGGUUGGAGACGAAGUGGUGUUGAUAAACCGGUUGCUGGUGGAGCGAGGACUUGCCCAGUGGGUGGACAGCUACUACGCGAGCCUUUGACCCCUGGUCCUUCACAGCCAAUUUUUGUCUUUUUUGCACUGUUGAAAUUGGGCUUGGUACUCAAGGCAAAGAUUUACAUCCUAAUUACAAGCCUUGUCCUCCCCAGAGAGUUCUUUUCUUAAAAAAAAAAAAAAAAUCAACAACAUGUGGUAGUUAUGUGGAGAAAAUGUCUCUGAGAAAAGGAAGGAACUGUGGGUUCUUUUUAAAGCCUUGGGAUGGCAUAUUACAAGCCAUCGGGCUUUUGUGGGUAUUUCAAGCCAGUGGGCUUAACCUGGUUCUAAGCUAUUAACUGAGUGGAAGGGAAACUCCCCCAAUCAGGUGUCGCAUUCCCCCACGUAACCCGUUGCUCCCUGCCUCCGCACUUUCCUCCCCAUCCCAGAUCAGGACAGCUGUAGCAGACAGACCAAGGGAUUCAUCACUUGCUUCGAAACGUUUCUUUAACUUGAAAAAAAUGUCCCUUCAAGGAGCAAGACAUGAUGUGACUAAUUGGUAUUGAUUACUUGUAUAACUUGCAUAAAUGAAUUUAUGGUAUUUAAACCAGUUUUUAUAAACUUCAUCGAGGCCUCUAAGAAGUCUGGCUUUUUAAUCAUACCUCUGGCCUUGGUCCACGGGGAAGGGAAUCUGUUAUCUUGCCAAGCCUGAUAGGUUGUAAUUUGUAACCAUUUUCUAUUUGUGCAAACUGUAAAUAUAUUUUAAAAAAUGUAAUAUUUUGUACAACAUACACUGGAGAACAAAGGGAACUCACGCACGACCUCCUAGCGCACACCAUUCUGAGCAAAAGCGCCCCGCAGCCCUCAGCGGCCCGCCCAGGCCCCUCGGCCCACCGGACAGGGUGGCUGGAUGGUAGAACUUGUGAUUCAUGGUGGUUUUUUUUUCUGUUUUCUGUUUGUUGGUUUUUUUUUUUUCCUGUACAAAUUUGUUUAAAAAAAAAAAAGCAACUCAUUGAAUUAGCUUGCAGUGGUGUGUCUGGUUCUUUUAUAGACUGGCUUCCGCAUUGUGCUAUUUAAAAUAAGUUAAGUAACUUAAAACUUAUAUAAAUCUCAACUUGCAUACACUGUA